AUGGCAACCGAAAAGGGCGACCCGGUCGUGAACCGGGACCUCGAGGCGGCAACGGCACAUGCGCCUGUGUCUGCACCAGUCGAUGACAGCCUUGGAAACGAUGAAGCGAGUGUGUCUGCCAAGGAUGAGGCCAUCGCCAUGGUUGGCGAGCAGGAGCAUGCCGUCGACCCAGCUGUCGUUGCGCGAGCAGUCCGCAAAAUUGACUGGUUUCUCAUCCCCUCUAUGAUCGUGGGUUACGGAAUCGUCUACUACGACAAAGCCAUCCUCGGUUCCGCCGCGCUCUUCGGCAUGACCGCGGACCUCGCCCUCACCGUCAUCACCGAGGCAACCACCACCCCGCCAACAGUCGACACCUCGCGCCUCUCCUGGGCGACCUCACUCUUCUACUUCGGCAUGCUGGCCGGGCUGUACCCCAUGUCCUUUGCGCUGCAGCGCCUGCCCAUUGGCCGCGUGCUCGGCGUGGUCGUGGUGCUCUGGGGCGGGGUGUGCAUGCUCACGGCGGUGGUCACGUCGUACCAGGGGCUGUAUGCGCAGAGGUUCUUUCUGGGGUUUGUGGAGAGUAUUAUACCGACGGGGUUUAUGUGUAUUGUGGCGGGGUAUUAUACGCAGCAAGAGCAGAGUUUGAGGCAGAGUUGGUGGUUUAGUAGUACGGGGUUGUUUACUAUUAUUGGCGGUGCGUUGAACUAUGGGUUUGCGCAGAUUCAGGGGGGUGGGUUGAAGAGCUGGCAGUAUAUUUACUUGUUGGCUGGGUCGUUGACGGUGUUGUUUGGGGGAUAUUGCUUCGCGAUGCCCAACUCGCCCGUCACGGCCUGGUUUCUGACGGAAGAGGAGCGCUUUGCGGCCGUGGAGAGAUUGAGGUACAGCCAGACGGGGGUUCGGUGUACCAAGAUCAAGAUGAGCCAGAUCCGGGAGUCGUUUUUUGAUGUCAAGACGUACCUGAUUUUCGUCAUGAUGGCUUCUGCAUACACUAUGAACGGUGCCGUCAGCGGGUUCGGCCCCCUGAUCGUGUCAACAUUCGGAUGGAACACCCUCGACUCGAUCGUCUUCCAGUUCCCACUCGGCGGGCUCUGCUUCAUCGUCAUCCUCCUAACGGGCUACCUCGGGUCCAAAAUCCCCAACAUCCGCCUCAUCAUGCUCAUCCUCACUUGUCUCCCAGUCAUCGCGGGCUGCGCCAUCAUCUGGAAGAGCGAAUGGACCUACCAUGCCGCGGCGCCUGUCGUUGGCUACUCCAUCACGGGCUUCUUUGGCGGCACCGUCAGCCUCAUCAUCACGGUUGGCAUGUCCAAUGUUGCGGGCCACACCAAGAAGAGCUUUAUGGCGGCAACUAUCUUUGCUGCAUACUGCGUGGGCAACAUUGUCGGACCACAACUUGUCAAGUCACAGACCAAGGCGCAGCACUACCCCGAGCUGUGGUUGGGGUUGAUCAUUUGCUACAUAAUUUGCAUAGUCGCAUCAGCGGCGCUGUAUCUUGUUCUGGCGGCAGCUAACAAGAAGAAGUCGGCCACGGUCGAGGAUGAGACAGAACGGGCGAAGCUAGCCUUCCAGGAUCUCACAGACGUUGAAAACCCCUACUUCAGGUAUGUUUUGUAG